AUGGGCGCAGCCAAGGCUACGACCGCCUACGAUGUGGCCCUCCAGCGACGUCAGGCCCUCAUGGGCGCCAGCGGUGCCCGAGCUCUCAUCAAGAACUUCAAAGUCUUUCGAAUUGCAGCCUUUGCGUGCAUUGGCGGUAUUCUUUACGGCUACAACCAGGGAAUGUUUUCGGGUAUCCUGACCAUGGCGUCGUUUGGAAGGCAUAUGGGCGACUACGUUGAGAACACGACCAAGAAAGGCUGGCUCACGGCCAUUCUUGAGCUUGGUGCUUGGCUUGGUGCUGUUCUUUCUGGAGCCAUUGCUGAGCUGUGCUCCCGAAAGUACGGUAUUCUGAUUGCCACAACUGUCUUUAUGCUGGGUGUUAUCAUCCAAGCUACGGCAGUUGAAGCUGGCCAUGACUCUAUCCUCGCAGGCCGUUUUAUCACUGGUAUGGGAGUUGGUAGUCUGUCGACCAUCGUCCCUCUUUACAACUCUGAAUGUGCUCCUCCUGAAGUACGAGGUGCCCUUGUAGCUCUACAGCAACUAGCCAUCACCUUUGGCAUUAUGAUCAGUUUCUGGAUUGACUAUGGCUGCAACUAUAUCGGUGGCACUCACGUCGACACCCAGUCCGAUGCUGCUUGGCUGGUACCGAUCUGCCUCCAGCUUGCUCCCGCUCUUAUCCUCUUCAUUGGGAUGAUCUGGAUGCCCUUCUCCCCUCGUUGGCUGAUCCAUCACGACAGAGAGACCGAGGCCCGAGAGAUCCUCGCCGACCUCCGCGGUCUUCCCACUGACCACGAACUCAUUGAACUCGAGUUCCUCGAGAUCAAAGCUCAAUCCCUGUUCGAAAAACGAAGCCUUGCGGAGCGGUUUCCUCAUCUACAAGCCCUGACAGCGUCAAACAUCUUCAAACUCCAGUUCGUGUCUAUAAGGGCUCUCUUCCAGUCGCGUGCCAUGUUCAAGCGUGUUAUUGUCGCAACCGUCCUCUACUAUGCCCCCCAGAUCUUCGGUCAGCUGGGGCUGAGCGAGAACACCACAAGCCUCCUUGCAACAGGUGUUGUGGGUAUUGCCAUGUUCAUUGCAACUGUGCCGGCAGUUUUGUGGAUCGAUCGCCUGGGCCGUAAGCCCGUUCUCAUCGUCGGCGCCAUUGGAAUGGCUACUUGCCAUAUCAUCAUUGCUGUUAUCCUGGCCAAAAACAUUGACAACUUUCACAAUCAUCAAGCGGCGGGAUGGGCUGCCAUCUGCAUGGUCUGGCUCUUUGUCGUGCACUUUGGCUACUCCUGGGGUCCUUGUGCUUGGAUCAUCAUUGCCGAGAUUUGGCCUCUCAGCACUCGCCCUUAUGGCACAUCACUUGGUGCCUCGAGCAACUGGAUGAACAACUUUAUUGUCGGUCAAGUCACACCAGACAUGCUUGACGGCAUCACCUACGGCACCUACAUCCUCUUUGGUCUACUGACCUAUCUCGGCGCCGUAUUUAUUUACUUCGUCGUUCCAGAGACGAAGCGCCUGUCUCUAGAGGAAAUGGAUCUCAUCUUUGGCUCCGAGGGCACAGCCCAGGCCGAUGCUGAGCGUAUGGACGAGAUUAACCGUGAGAUUGGCCUUGCUCAUAUCCUGAGCCAGGAUGGCGGGGUAGAUCAGCUGGGUGAUGAGAAGCCGAGGACCUCUGUUUAG